ACAACUCUCAGCCAUUUGGCACAGAGUUAUUAACAGUGGAUACCUCAAUGACAAGGUCUCCAGAAAGCAUUAUGGAUUUCACACAAGCUGACAGGCGGCAUUUAGACAAGAGCAAACAGGACACCAGCUCUUUAGAAAACACAGAUGAUGGCCUGAAAUAUGAUAGUGGGCGCGUAACUCACGACUUCAGCUGCAUCCACAGCAAAGAUCUGCUCCCUGCUGAAGACGGGGAGGAAGCAACCAAGCACUUCCUGCAGGAGCUUGUAAACAUAUUGCUGGCCUACAUCAGUAAAUCCCUGAAACGCAGCACAAAAGUUUUGGAUUUCCACUAUCCUCACCAGCUCAAUGAAGGUCUGGAGGGCUUCAGCCUGGAGCUUCCUGACCAGCCGGAUAAUCUGGAACAGCUGCUGGUGGACUGCAGGGACACACUGAAAUACGGCGUCAAAACAGGUCAUCCAAGAUUUUUUAACCAACUGUCAACUGGACUUGACAUCGUUGGUCUGGCAGGAGAAUGGUUGACAUCCACUGCAAAUACAAACAUGUUUACUUAUGAAAUAUCCCCAGUCUUCAUCCUAAUGGAGGAGGUAGUUCUCAGAAAAAUGCACACAAUUAUUGGAUGGCCAGAGGAAGAUGGAGAUGGCAUCUUUUGUCCUGGAGGCUCCAUGUCCAAUCUCUACAGUGUGUUGUUGGCUAGGUUUCAUCUCUUUCCGGCAGUGAAGACCCACGGGAUGUGUGCGAUCCCUCGCCUAGCGAUGUUCACCUCCGCGCACAGUCAUUAUUCAAUCAAGAAGUCUGCGGCUGUUCUCGGCAUCGGCACUGAAAAUGUGAUAGUCGUCAGAUGUGACGAAAGGGGGAAGAUGAUCUCAUCAGAACUCAACUCCAGCAUUGAGGAAGCAAAGUCGAAGGGCCUCGUCCCAUUCUAUGUCAACGCAACCGCCGGAACUACAGUCUAUGGAGCCUUUGACCCUUUGCAUAAAAUAGCAGAUAUUUGUGAGCACCAUGGCCUCUGGAUGCACGUAGAUGCUGCUUGGGGUGGAGGCUUGCUUCUAUCCAACAAACACCGCGUGAAACUGCACGGAAUUGAAAGAGCCCAUUCUGUGACCUGGAACCCACACAAGAUGAUGGGCGUUCCACUGCAAUGCUCCACCAUUCUAGUCAAGAGGAAGGGCCUCCUGCAGCAGUGUAAUCAGCUGUGUGCCGAAUAUCUCUUCCAACCUGACAAGCACUACGAAGUGUCCUACGACACUGGGGACAAAAGCAUUCAGUGCGGACGACACGUGGAUAUCUUUAAACUGUGGCUCAUGUGGAAGGCGAAGGGCUCCGAGGGUUUUGAAUCACAGGUCAACCACUGCCUGGAGAAUGCAGAGUAUCUUUACUACAAGCUGAAGAGAAGAACAGAUUUUCAGCUCGUCUUCAAGGGAAAACCUGAACACAGUAAUGUGUGCUUUUGGUAUCUCCCCAAACGAGUGCAAAACAUUCCUCUAGGCCCAGAGCGAGAGAAAGAACUUCAUAUGGUGGCUCCGAAGAUCAAGACAAAGAUGAUGGAGGAAGGAUUCACCAUGAUUGGCUAUCAGCCUUUGGAAGACAAAGUGAAUUUCUUCCGUUGCGUUUUCUCCAACCCAGCGACACAGAGGGAAGACGUCGACUUCCUGCUGGAUGAAAUCGUCCGUCUGGGCUGUGAACUCUAGGAAGACACAUUUCUUUUAAAAAAUCACUCUUUUUAUGUGUGAAAGUUAAUGUAUGUUAGAAAAAUAUUUAUUUAUUUAAGGCUGAUGCCAGUUGUUAUUGCAUAAUAAGAGUGUAGCAUUAACAUUUUACAAUUUAUUAAUGAGACCAGAUAACUCUAGAAAAAGACAAACCUGAGCAGUGAAAAUAUAUAUAGCAAAGCCAAAGUUUGUUUAUAACUGAAAAAAAUCUAAAUGUAGAGAUAUUUUUCAUACUUAAGUUAUUGGCAUAAAAGCUUAUGGGGGGAAUAUUCAACAUUUUUGAAGUGUCUCCAUUGACAUGAUGCAUCAAAAACUAGCACAUUUUAUUAAUACAUCUGCCAAUGUCCAUGUAUAAUAAGUAUGACACCAUCUUUCUAAAGUCAAUUUUUCCGCCUGUAUAAAUUUCAGGUGAACAUUCCCAUUUUGACCUCUGUAAAUAUACAUCCAUGACAUUCAUAUGUGCUUUCUUUCACCUGAAUAAAUAUGAUAAUAAUU